AUGUCGCUUUUUCCCAGUAGCAAAGAUGGAUCCAGCGAUGGUGAUGUUUCGCACAUCUCAACAACCAGCCCGUGUGCCGGAGGUGACUGCUGCAGCGAGCAACAAAGACAAGACGAGGGGACGUGCCAUACCGGCAUCAUCGAGAAGCCGUUGGAUUCACACCACGUUACCGGCCAUGAAUCAAAUAGACCCAUCCGCGCAGCUCACAGAUCAGGGACACUGCGGAAAUAUGUGCUUGACGAUGUCGAAGAAGGUUCCGCGUACACGGAGCACGUGAUCCUCAAGUUCCAAGGAUCCAACUGUCCAGGCUGCACAAGCAAGAUUUCCAAAGCGUUCGAGUCAUUGCCGGCGGUGCACAAUCUGCAAAUGAACACUAUCCUUCUGCAGGCGGAAUUCGACCUCGAUCUCGCCAAGUCUUCGGUUCGCGAUGUCAUCGAUUCCGUGAAAAGUGCAAGCGGGCGUGCCUGCCAGAGGACCGGAGAUGGGUGGCAGGAGCUGGAUGUUGUGGUAUCGGGCAUUUGCGGGGCCUUUGGAGCAGAUGCUAUGCUGCCUGUUGGGGUCAAGGAUGUGACGCAAGUGAAUAGACAUACCUUUUCUAUAAAGUAUGACGCAGAAAUUAUAGGUGCCCGACAGCUUCUGAAGGCCUUGAACACAGAUUUGGAUGGUCCGGUCAGCUUAGCUCUUCCAAAAUCUCAUGAUGAGGUACCCACAGAAAUUCGAGCAACAGCUUUCACCACGGCCUUGUCCUGGAUCUUCACUAUCCCAAUACUGGUCCUCGCAUGGGCGCCGCUCCCAAAGCACGUGAUUGCAUACGGGGCAGUGUGCCUUGCAUUAGCGACUGUCGUUCAGGUCGUCGUUGCCGGGCCCUUCUAUCCGAGAGCUCUUCGAAGCUUGAUCGUGAACCGAGUUGUCGAUCUCGAUUUGUUGGUCGUCUUGAGCACGUCUAUUACGUAUGGAUUCUCCGUAGCGUCUUUCAUAUGCGAGGUAAAGGGCACUCGUCUUGUGUCCGGCAUCUACUUCGAAACCAGCGCCCUGCUAAUAACCUUCAUAAUGAUGGGACGAUUGAUGAGUGACUUCGCUUGCCAUAGAGCGUUCAGAAUCGGCUCUAUAAAAUCAUUGCAGACACGGUCCGCUCUUCUCGUCGAUAUCUCCGACUCCUCUAUUGACAAGGAAUUGGAUGUUGAUGUCCGUCUGCUGCAACUUGGCGAUACGUUCAGAGUAAAGCCUAGCUGUCCCGUUGCGACGGACGCUGGUUCGUCCGUCAUCGCAGGGUCCGUCAAUCUUGGUGAUGCUGUCCUGGUCCGGGUCACUCGACUACCGGGAAGCAACACAAUUGACGAGAUUGCGGGCAUGGUUGAGGAGGUGACACAUUCAAAGACCAAAGCUCAGCACACGGCCGAUGAGGUUGCGAGGUGGAUAGUGCCGGCCAGUGCGACGCUUGCCAUGUUGACUCUAGUUGUUUGGUUCGCGGUAGGUAUAACAAUACAAGAAGAGUCAGCCGGUUCGGCCAUCUUGAAGGCCAUACCCUAUGCCAUCUCGGUACUUGUCGUGUGCUGUCCAUGCGCCGUGGCCUUCGCUGUGCCCAUGGUCCUCGUCAUUGCGAGUGGGGUUGGAGCAAAGCAUGGUGUGGUCUUCAGAUCGGCGGAAGUGAUGAGGGCGGCUAGAGGCGUGACCCAUGUUGUAUUUGAUAAGACCGGCACUCUGACGCAAGGUUGCUUAUCGGUAGUGAGCGAUGAAUAUUGCUCCGAGACUCAAAACUUGGGGGCUGCUAUCGUGGUCGCUCUGACGAACCAGUCAGAUCAUCCAGUAUCGUUGGCGGUGUCCAAGCACCUCAAAGCCGCAGGCGUUGAGCCUGCUACUGUCACUCAUGUCACACCAGUAGUCGGUAAAGGCAUUGAAGGUACGUAUGACGGACGUAUUGUGCGCAUUGGGAAUGCUCGAUGGCUGGGGGUAGAAGACCAAUUGCCUGUACGGUCCCUUCUCUCCCAAAAUCUCACAGUCUUGUGUGCUACUCAAGGAGAUCGGCUUGUCGCCGUUUUCGGACUGGAAGCUACUCUCCGCGAGGAAGCGAGUACUGUCGUUGCUAGCUUGGUCGAGCGCGGCAUAGCCGUGUCAAUCAUAAGCGGCGAUGAGAUUGGUGCAGUGCAAAAGGUGGCCCUCAAGCUGGGGAUUUCUCAUGAAGUCAUCAGGGCCAAGUGUACGCCCCGAGAGAAGCAGCAGUACGUCAAGGAGCUCAUGCAAGCUGACAAUAACACCGUUCUUUUCUGUGGCGACGGAGUCAAUGACGCGGCCGCUCUUUCUCAGGCCAGUGUUGGCGUGCAUAUGAAAAGUGGACCCGGUACUGCGUGGAUCGCAGGGGACGCUGUCCUCAUCCGACCUUCUCUGUUGGGGAUUCUCGUGCUUAUAGACCUCUCCCGAGACUCUUGUCGCCAGAUGGUCUUCAACUUCACUUGGGCCGCAGUCUAUAAUGUCGUUGCCAUAUUAUUUGCUGCUGGCGCCUUUAUCCAUAUCCGUUUGUCUCCUCAGUAUGCUGGGCUUGGAGAGGCUGUGAGUGUUUUACCCGUGAUACUCGUCCCGCUACAGCUGCGGUGGAGGAAAUAUCUGUAG